GAAAGAUUGAAAAUGGGGAAUCAUGUACGUAAGGACAAGGGUGGUAGUUAUAAGCAUAUGUUUAUUGAUGUGUUGUUUAGGGACAAGUGAUGGAAGGGUAAAUGGUGGGUUUAAAAUUAAAGCAGUAAAUCUUGGAGGCUGGCUCGUUACAGAAGGCUGGAUAAAACCUUCCCUUUUCGAUGGCAUCCCCAACAAAGACUUGUUGGACGGUAAAGGAGUUCAGUUUAAGUCACUGAGGACAGGGAAAUACGUAUGCGCUGAAUCGGGUGGAGGAAGUAUAAUUGUUGCCAAUAGGACAGCCGCCUCAGGCUGGGAAACAUUCAAACUAUGGAGAAUCAAUGCGAGCAUGUUUAACUUUAGGGUGUUUAACAAACAAUUCGUGGGACUAGACACCGCUGGGAAUGGAGUUGAUGCUGUUGCUGUUUCCAACACGCCUGGUCAUCAUUCCAACAUUUUUGAGAUUCUGCGAGACAACAAUGACCAGUCUCGGGUCCGAAUCAGAGCAUCAAAUGGCUUCUUCCUGCAGGCAAAGACGGAGGAGUCGGUGACAGCAGAUUAUGGCGGUGGUGGUAAUGGAUGGGGGGACGAUGAUCCCUCGGUGUUUGUGAUGAAAACUGUGGGACAUAGCGAGGGAGAAUUUCAAGUGACUAAUGGGUAUGGCCCAGAAAAAGCAGUCCAAGUUAUGAAGGAGCACUGGAACACAUUCAUAGUAGAAGACGACUUUAAGUUCAUCUCAACCACUCGACUUAAUGCAGUGAGAAUACCUGUUGGCUGGUGGAUUGCAAGCGACCCAAAUCCCCCACCCCCUUAUGUUGGCGGAUCCUUGCAGGCCUUAGAUAACGCCUUCUUAUGGGCACAGAAAUAUGGAGUUAAAGUAAUAAUUGAUCUCCAUGCAGCGCCUGGAUCGCAAAAUGGUUUUGAACACAGUUCCUCCAGGGAUGGCUCCCGGGAAUGGGGAACAACAGAUGACAACAUAAAACAAACAGUCGAUAUCAUAGAAUUCCUCACCGCAAGGUAUGCAAACAGCCCAAGCCUGUACGCUGUGGAGCUAAUCAAUGAGCCGCUAUCACCAGGUGUCUCGCUCAACACAAUCACUAAAUACUACAAGGCUGGAUAUGAUGCGGUUCGUAAGCACUCCGACGCGUACGUGGUGAUGUCAAAUCGGCUAGGUACGGCGGAGCCAAGAGAGCUGUUCCCUCUAGCCAGUGGGCUAAAGGGCACUGUCAUUGAUGUCCACUACUAUAAUCUCUUCUCCGAUGUGUUUGACAACAUGACUGUCCAACAAAACAUUGAUUUCAUUCGUACAAACAGGACUGCAGAGUUGAAUCAUAUUGCCACAACAAAUGGUCCUCUUACUUUCGUUGGCGAAUGGGUGGCUGAGUGGCAAGUUCAAGGAGCAAGGAAAGAGGAUUAUCAAAGAUUUGGCAAGGGCCAAUUGGAAGUUUAUGGGAGAGCAACUUUUGGAUGGGCUUACUGGACUCUUAGGAAUGUAAACAACCAUUGGAGUCUGGAAUGGAUGAUCAAGAAUGGAUAUAUCAACCUUUAAA